AUGGACGACACCACUUCGCACUUCGUGGGGUCCGCCGACGCUGACGCGUCGGACCUGCAGACAGCCGCGCGGGAUUUCUCGGAGUGCGUCUUCGCCCUCGGCUUGAGAGUCGAGCCGUCCAAAUCGGGCGUGAUCUUCAACCGCGGGCGGUUCCAGAAGCGGUUCGCCGACAAGGCCCGCUCCCUGGGCUUGCUUCCGCGGAAGUGCAUCCGCAACCUGGGCCACGACCUGGUGGGCCCACGGAUACGGCGGGAGCAGGCCGACUCCCGUAUCAGCGCCCUCCAGGCGCGCCGAAGACGGCUCCGCAUCUUGCAGAAGGGCGCGGGGCGCAAGGUUGCGCACCUUUGGAGCACAGGCUUGUCGCCCUCGGUGCUGCACGGCGCUUGGGUCUCGGGCGUCGACGACGGCCGCUUGCGGCUCCUCCGGAACUCGGCCGCCGUGCUGGCGGGCUGGAGCACCGGUGGAGGAGUGACCACCUACUUGGCCUCGCAGGCCAACGCGAGGUACGACCCCAUUUUCGAGGCGUCGGUGCCGCUGGUGCUCCGCUACGCGGCUUGGCUCUGGGACAACCGUGUCCCGCCUGCGAGGCUGCAGCGAGCUUGGCUGGCGUUGGAGGCCGACAUGCUGGAGCGGCCGUCUUGGUUCUUGGCCAAGGGCCCGAUCGCGGCGACCUGGCUGUCGCUCCGCCUCCUGGGAUGGGACAUGGUUUCGUCCACGCAGAUCCGCUCGGACAUCGGCACGGUCUUCAGCUUGCUGCAGGUCUGCCCCGAGGACUUGCGCCACCACCUCUUCCUGGGCAUCCAGCGGUGGCAGGGUGCCCGCGUGGCGCAGCACGUGCACCUUCCUCUGUCAGACGGGCGUUCGUGGAUGAGAGGCCUUCGCCUGGGCCUGCGGGACUUGCCCGCCAGACAGCUGGGCGCCAUCCAGACGCUAUGGUCGGGGCGCUACGUCACGCCCGAGCGUCGCAUGGCGCUGGAGGGAGUCGGCGACCCGAAGUGCCGGGCUUGCGGGGCCGCCGAGGGCACCUACGGCCACCCAGCCCGUCGACCAGCCUGCCGUGCCCGAGAUCUCCGACGCGACGCUGGAGACGAGGCAGCAGCUGGUCGACCUCGGAGCCGCGGAGAAUUGGGAGUCCACUGA